UCUGAAACUACAAAAGCCCACCAUUCGAAUUGACAAACAUAAAAGAGGAACAGUUGAUGCCCAAUUCAGAUAGAUACAUCUCCGAGGCGGCGAAUUGAUUUUUGAGAGGCAUGUCGACGAGAGAGAGACCCAGAAGAGGUGUAUUACCUCCUGCUCAAGAGAAUAUUGAAAAGAUAGCAAAAGUUGUAAAGGACGGCAACUGCUAUGGAGCUCAACAGAUGUAUAAGUCUAUCAGUGCAAGAUACAUAUCAGCUGAGAGGUAUUCCGAAGCACUGGAUAUCCUCCAUUCAGGUUCUUGCAUUCAGUUGGAACAUGGACAGCUUACAUGCGGGGCUGAGCUUGCGCUUCUGUUUGUGGAGACACUUGUGAAAGGGAAAUAUCCGUACGAUGAAGAUACUCUUGAUCGUGUCAGGAAAAUCUACAAGAAGUUUCCCCGAAUUCCUGUGCCCCAACACCUGGACCUUGGAGAUGAUGAUGACAUGCAAAAACUUUCUGAAGCACUUGGAGCAGCAAAAGUACGUGUGGAGUGCUGCUCAUCAUUUUUGAAAGCUGCUAUUAAGUGGUCUGCAGAAGUCGGAGCUCAUAGGAACGGAUCUCCUGAACUACAUGAUAUGCUAGCUGAAUACAUAUAUUCAGAAUCUCCUGAGGCGGACAUGGCUAGGGUUUCUUAUCAUUUUGUUCGAGGGAAACACCCUAGAAAGUUUGCUUCAACGCUUGUUAAUUUUAUGGGCAAGUGUUAUCCAGGUGAAGAUGAUGUAGCAAUUGCACGGGCCAUUUUGAUGUAUUUAUCUCAUGGCAAUCUGAGAGAUGCUAACUGUCUUAUGGACGAGCUAAAGAAGCAACUGAAGGGCAAGGACCUUGACUUCCCCAAAUCCGAUUUGAUCCAGUUGAUCAAUUUUCUUUUGCAGACGUUGCAGAGAGAUGCUUUGCCCCUAUUUAACAUGUUGAGACAGACUUACAAAUCUAGCAUUGACAGAGAACCUGUAUUCAACGAGUUGCUUGAUGUAAUUGCCGAAAUUUUUUAUGAAGUGCCGCGUAGAAAUCCCCUGAUGCAAGGAAUGUUUGGAGAUAUCUUCAAGAUGAUGGGAGGUGAUGGUAUGUGACAGACCAGUUCAAUCUUUUGCUACUUCGAAUGAUGCCACAACACUUCCGUUAUCCUGUUCAGAAGCUGUUCAAUUGUUUUAUGGAAUUUCUAAUUGUGUGCGUCUGUUGGGGGGGAUGUGGGCACCUGGAAAAGAACUGUAAUGGUAUAGAACCUUUGAUGUGUGCCUCGCUUCUUUUGGCUAAUAUGUACCUUGUGUUACUCAGAAACUCUCACAAUUUCUUGAAUGAAAUUUGGUAUACUUGUUGCUUUUCUCUUCC